AUGCAAGGGGACCCAAGUUGGAUAGGUACCCAGGGAGAAUGGAAAAAGGGGAAAAAAUUGGUAGCUCAGAAUUGUGGAAUUUAUAUGAAUAAAAUAAAAAAUGCAGGAGUUGUAUGUAAUAGAAUAACAGAAUUAAAUAUGAACUCACGAAAAAAAAUAGCAAAUAUAAAAAGUGACAGUUCUCAAAUGAAAGAUAUAUUAUGUCAUGUGGAUUACAAAACAGUAGAAAUGAUACCUGCAAAAAGGCCACUAACAUCAUAUUCUACUUAUGAUAAUCAAAGCAAAUACUUUGAAACAAAAUUAGUACCUGACCUACAAGGCAAAAUGAGCAUAUGCGUAGGAAGAAAAAGUGGAAGUGCUACUGUUAAUAUUAACAUAGAUGAAUAUGACUUAGAAAAAACAUAUAGUACAUGGAAAAAAAAUUUCCAUAAAUCAGCACUACAUAAUAAAUCUAAUUUAGAAAAUGAUAGAUUUUUAACUGUCAAUGAAUCAGCUGAAAGGAGCGACAAAAAUCCAAAUGUUCAAAAUAGAAAUCCUCCUUAUGCAAACCCAGAUGGCCCUUUUGAAAAAGAGAAAUUAAAUAUACCAAAGCAAGCAAGGGAUCAUUUAGACAGAACAUUGACACCUCUACCAAAUGCAGACAAAGAUCCUACUUUUAAAAAAAAAAGUUGUACAGCUUAUCAAGAUUCUUUCUCUUUGCUUAGACCUUAUGGGGAUGUCCAACCAGAGGAAGUAAAAGGAGUUAAGCGCACAAAUUUUCCAUGGAUCCAUUCAAAUGGGAUGAAACAAAUUCUUACCUACAACUAUCCUUCUGGUGAUGAUCACGCUUAUGGUCUUUUUCCAUGUGCUGAGGAAGUACAUGGUUCUGCUGUACAAGUGCAUGAUUCUGCUGAGGAAGUAUAUGGUUCUGCUGAGGAAGUACAUGAUUCUGCUGAGGAAGUACAUGAUUCUGCUGUAGAAGAACAUGGUUCUGCUGAGGAAGUACAUGGUUCUACUGAUGCGCCUCGUCAUUUCGUAGCUAGCCAAAAUGGAGAUUCAGACACAUACUGUGUUCAUGCAAAUUACUCAAGGGGUAGAAGUGAGGAACACCUAGAGCAUCCUUUGAACCAAGUUGACGCAAACAACCAAUCGAAACGUUGCGACAUCCAUAGUUCCUAUAAGACCGAUGAAUUUGGAAAAAAUCUUCCCAAUUUUCAUCAACCCCAAAGGGGGAAAGCCCUCAGAAGAGAAGGAUCCCCUUCCGAGGGAGCAGAACUCAAAGAACAGUAUGACCAUAGGGAGGACCUGAAAAAUUAUGAACAUGGUCAUGCAGAAAAUUCUGGAUAUUUUGGAUAUGGAAAAAAUUGCCAGUGUGCGCAUAACAAGGUGGUCCCACUCAGCCAUUUUGGCACACCAGAUGUUUAG